UUGUUUUAUAUUCUCUGAUUUUACUGAACAAAUAUAGUAUAAGACGGACAUAACCGACAUUAUAAUUUAGAAAUCUAUAUUCAGAUUUACAAUAAUACAAGUUUCACUAUAGAAAUGUAACAAAUUUGAAGAUGGAAAAUAAUAAAUCGUCAUUAACUAAUCCUUGGAUACAUUAUCUACUGUAAUUAAGUUAUAAUGGUUUUAUUAUUAGGUAAUGAUGCAAAAUCUACAAUAUGUUUAGACAAUGAAAAUAAAAACAAUGGACAAAUUAUAAGCAUAGUUACAACUUCUACAAGUCUUUUAAUUGAAUCACUUAUACAGCAAUCAUGUAUGUUAUUUGAAGAUGAUUCAGAACGCAGGAAUAAAUUAUAUUUAGCUAUUUGUGAUAGACUUCAUAAAUUAAAAAUAAUUGAUAGUUCUUAUAAUAUGAUUGAAUUGGAACCAUUAAGAGGUCAAUAUCAACAAGCAUUAUAUCACUUAUUUACAGUUGCACGAGCAACAAUUGGUUGUGAAAAUGCAUUACAAAUUCCAAGACCAUUAAUGACAGAAUGGUCUCGUUAUCAUAAAGAAUUUCAAGAAAUAAGUUUUAUUGCAUCUGGAGGAUUUGGUAAUGUUUUUAAAGCUUUAAAUCGUCUUGAUGGUGUAGAAUAUGCUAUUAAAAAGAUAAUAGUACGUUCUAAUAGAAUAAAAAAUAUAAUGCAACAUCUUGAAGAAGUGAAAACUCUUGCUAAAUUAAAUCAUACUAAUAUAGUUUCAUAUAAAGGAGCAUGGAUUGAACCACCAUUAGCUUCAACUGCUAUACCAUGUUUAGUAUCCCCAAAUUAUUCUCAAAACAAAUUAAGUUCUAUUGAAGAUAAACGAAAAAUUGGAUAUAAAUCAUGUAUAAAUCGAUAUUUUAAUUCACAAAGUCAACAGAGCUCUGAUACUGAGAGUCAAAGUCCAAAAGAAAGUGAUGAACAUUAUAUGUCAUUGCAAUAUAAUAAACAAAAAAAUUACGAAUGUGAAAAACAAGUUGUUAUAGAAGAAAAUAUUAAUAAAAAUAUAGAGAAAACUAAUUCAAAUAGUAUAUCUUUUAGAAGUGAUAGUGAACAUCAAAAUAAUAAAAUAAAAAAUAAUAUAAGUUAUAGUGAUGGUAGUAAUUCAAAUGAAGAAUACAGUAAAAAUAAAAUACUUUUACCAUAUAUGUCUCAAAUGAAUAAAAAAUAUACAACAUUAUAUAUUCAAAUGGCUCUUUGUGAAAAAACACUUCAGCAGUGGCUUGAUGAAAGAAUUGAAACAACUCCACAAACAAUAAUCAUUGCUAUAUUAACACAAAUUAUUUAUGGAUUAGAUUACAUACAUUCUCGCCGAAUUGUGCAUCAUGAUAUAAAGCCAAGUAAUAUAUUUAUUUCAACGUCAGGACAAUUACAAAUACAGCUAGGAGAUUUUGGAUUAGCUUGUCCAUUACAAAAAGAAAAUCAUCAUUCAAUUCUUGGAACACAUAUGUAUGCAGCACCAGAACAAUUACAAGGAAAAUGUGAUCCUAAGAGUGAUAUAUAUAGUUUAGGCAUAGUACUUUUAGAAUUAUUAGUACAUACAAGAACUAGUAUGGAAAGAAUUGAAAUAAUUAAUAAUUUGAAAAAAGGACAAAUACCGACUUCAUUAACUGCUACUUAUCCUAAAUGGGCUUAUAUAGUAAGUCAAUUAGUGCAAGAAGAUCCCGAGAAACGACCAUCAACUAAUCAAUUGUUACAAGAUUUAAACGAAGAUAAAGAUAUGAUGAUAACAUGCUUAAAAAAUGACAUCAUUGAAAAGGAAGAUAUAAUUAGAAAGUUACAAAAGAAGAUAUCAAUAUUAGAAAACCAAAUUGUUAAACAUAAUAUAUUGUUACAAGACAUAUAAUUUUAUGUAUUAUUACAUUGCAAGAUAGCGAGUUUUAAAAAAAGAUAUAUAGUAUUAUUUUUUUAUAAAUUAAUUAUAAAACAACAAAAAAAAAGUACUUUUGAAAAGUGCAUUCUCUAAUAAGAAGUAAUAAAAGAACAUUUGU